GCACGCCGUCCCUGAGCCCGGGCGCUGGACAGCGACGGUCAGCGAAAAAUCAGGACCUUUGAUAUUUAGGAAAGUUAUGUUUAAUUCCACUGACAUCAAGUUUUCUGUUAAAUCAUUCAAAUGUCACGAGCCUAUGAAGUUUACCAUAGAGUGGUAUUUGAAGCAUUAUACCUGUCAAAAUGAAUAUGCUAAGCUGGAUGAGCAGUCACAAAAGCCUGAAAGUAUUGACGAAGAUUUUUGUGGUAAUUAUUUCAAGAACAUUGAAUGUUGGACAACAAAAAAUGAAAACAUAGAUUGCAACAGUGACUUACAGGUGUUUCCCUCAUUAUAUAAUAAAGAACUAAUUUCAAAUAUCAGAAAUGUUUCAAACCAGGAGGAACACAUGGAUGUUGUUGCAAGAACACAUAGAGAUGGGUUUCACAUCCUUAUUGUUUCUAUUAAAACGGGAAAACCCAAUGCAAAAUGGAAUUUGAAUGUUUCUCUUUCUAUGAUGGGGCCGAAAGGAUAUCUCUCUGCAUCAGAUUGGCCUCUCAUGAUUUUUUACAUGGUGAUGUGCAUUGUCUACAUUUUAUGUGGCUUGCUCUGGCUGAUGUGGUCUGCUUGUUAUUGGAAAGAUAUAUUAAGAAUUCAGUUCUGGAUUGCAGCUGUCAUAUUCCUGGGAAUGCUUGAAAAAGCAGUGUUUUAUGCUGAAUACCAAAACAUCAACAGCACUGGCCUAUCAACCCAAAGUUUGCUGAUAUUUGCGGAGUUGAUAUCUGCGAUCAAGAGGACACUGGCCCGCCUCCUGGUGAUCAUCAUGAGCUUGGGAUACGGCAUCGUGAAGCCUCGCUUAGGGACAGUCAUGCACCGGGUGAUCGGACUGGGGCUUCUCUACUUCAUCUUUGCAGCAGUCGAAGGCGUGAUGAGAGUCGUUGGGGGUUCUAACCAUUUAGCUGUUCUUUCUGGUGACAUUAUUUUAGCAAUUAUCGACUCCAUUUUUGUAUGGUUCAUUUUUAUAAGUGUGGCACAAACUAUGAAGACUCUGAGGCUAAGAAAGAACAUGGUGAAAUUUUCUUUAUACAGGCACUUUACAAAUACGCUGAUCUUUGCUGUGCUGGCUUCUGUCGUGUUUAUGGUGUGGACAACUACGACAUUUAGAUUUGCAAAAUGUCGAUCAGAUUGGAUGGAAAGCUGGGUUGAUGAAGCGUUUUGGAGCUUCCUUUUUUCACUUAUCCUUAUGGUAAUAAUGUUUUUGUGGAGACCAUCAGCCAAUAAUCAAAGGUAUGCCUUCAUGCCCUUAAUAGAUGAUUCUGAUGAUGAAGUUGAAGAAUUCAUGGUAACAUCUGAAAAUUUAACUGACGGAAUAAAAUUAAGGACCUCAAAAACGGUUUCCAAUGGAACAGCUAAACCACCUACUUCUGAUAAUUUUGAUGAGGAUUUGAAGUGGGUGGAAGAAAAUAUUCCCUCUUCAUUCACAGACGUAGCUCUUCCGGUAUUGGUAGAUUCAGAUGAGGAAAUUAUGACCAGAUCUGAAAUGGCAGAAAAAAUGUUCUCUUCAGAAAAGAUAAUGUGAAACCUAUUUAACGACUCCCAGGACUAAAAGAGAGAAUAUCGACUUGCCCCCUGUAAUAUGGUACAUUAUGUUUGCACUACUAGAAUAUCGAGACUGAAGUGUAAAAAAAUGUACAUACAAGGUGAUUUUUAUAUCCUUUUCUAAAAAGGGGUUUGCAUCUACUGUGCUAGGCUGCACAUGACUGGUCUAAAGUUGAGAUGUGCUAGUUUAUAAGUCACUGGUUUUGGUACUUGUGUCUUUGCAUGAUCAACAGCAUGCAAUAAACAGUACGAAACACCAGGCCUUAUACUGAUAAUUAAACUCCUCAGCACAUCAAAUGUAUAUAAGUGACAAAUGAGGCUUUUAAGGAAGUGUGCAUAUAACACAGGAGCUCACUAUACACUAAGAAUCUUCCUUAGAACUAGGAAAACAUGUAUUUGGGGAGAAAGGUUAGGGGCUUAAGAAGUUAUAUUUUUCUAUUUUAAAUGGUUAAAUUAUUGUAUAAUUUGGAAAAAGUUGCUUUGAAUGUAGGACAAAACUAUUUCAAAGAUUUUUGUUUGAAAAAAGGAUAUAUUUUGUGCCUUAAUAUUUGUUGUGACUUUUAAUAAAUUGCUUUCUGAAGUU